CUCCCCCUGGCUUCUCCUUCAAGCUAUACUCUCAUUCUCUCUCCUCCGACCAAAGUCUUCUGUUCCUCCGCUUCUCCUUCUCCUACCGGUGCUUCUUUUGUGUUGUACAGCAGAUGUCUGUUGAUAUCUGCAAGAAGAAUCCAUCGUUUCUUUGGUGUGACUGUGGUUAUAUGAGCAAACGAAGACUUGAAGACAAAGUACUGGCCCAAAAGAAUGUUCCUCAGGAUACUUAUGUGCUUUGCGUUCUGUUUAAGAAAAAUGGACUUGGACCAAGACAUGGAUCUCAAUAUGGUGCUCCAUUUAAAGAAGAGGAUUGGAGUGAUAAGGAAGAAGAAUAUACUCAGAAUCAUCUUGUAGCUGUUCCUUCUGCAGAAAACGCCAAUCCUGGUCCUAGCAAAGAAACCAGUCUAGCUGCUACGGCCUCACAAUCGCACGCUCCUAAGGAUUGUUUCACAGGAGUGAUCUCAGAAUCUUGCGUCUCUGAUGUACCGCCACUAACUGCCACAGUGCUUCCACCUCUAACAAGUGAUGUUGUAGCUUACAAUCCCAUGUCUUCUUCACCUUUCCCUGAGGUUCCUCAGGUAUCUCUCGAUGAUGAAGAGUUAAAUUCGAUGCUCGAUCUCUUUUCUGUUGACAAUGACGACUGUUUACUUUUCGACGAUUUCGACUACCAAAAUGAGGUAAGACAUGAGCCUGAUGUUUUUGUAAACGAGGAAGCUCCAGUUUUCUUAGGAGAUGGCAAUUUCAGUGGAAUGUUUGACCUGAGCAACGACCUGGUCGUAGAGCUACAGGAUCUGAUACAGCCAGCCACACCUCCUCCUCCUCCUCCUCCUGCUCAAGCCAGUAAUCCUGAUGACUCAAGAAGCAACGGUCAGACUUAGGACCAUUAAAAAGUAUUAUGUGCUGAUUGAUGAUCUUUCUUGCAUUGAUGCUUCAUGGAAACAGAGACCAAACAUGUGAAGCUUUAGCUAGAAUGUUUUCUUCUGGUGCCAUCUCUUUCUACACGAAAGAAGAGACAAAACCAUGAAUCAGUAAACGUCCAGCUGUGGUGGAGCCAGCUUUCUAUGUUAUGUUUCUGCAACUUUGUCUGUAGUCUUAGAUUUCAUCAUCAUUUAUGUGGCAAGAACCUUCUCUUUAACUUGUGUAAUUCCAUGAAUUCUUAUUUAUUAGCUUAGCUUCCAUGAUAAUGCCAACAUUUGUUUGAACUUUUAAACUCAAUGCCACAAUUACUCGAGUUUGCAAUAUAUAAUGGGAAGUAAAUAUGUAAAAUUGCA